GGUCUGUCACAUUUCACGCUGACACCAAGCGAACACUGGGCGCAUACACACACAUCCUCAUACACUCACACGCAGGGCUCACCAUAUUAUCGACAGAUCCGAGUCAGGAGUACAGUCGAGGAGAGCACAUUGAAGUGACUUAAAGCUUCUUCUGUGAGAGGAAACGAGAGAAAAAAAACGCAGAAAAAAAGAAACGGAGGAAAUCCCCCGAAAGGAAAUGCCAAUCGCAGCCGCUGGACAGCCAACGACUCAGGAGCCUAGAGUUUGCCCCCGGCUGCCCUCCACCCCGGAGCCUGUCCCUAAAGGGGCUGAUUUAUUCGACGAGGCGGGGGCGGCGGAGUCGGCGGAGCGAACAGAGUACGGGGGCGCGGAGGGGGGUAGAGGACUCGGGGGCUAUAGUUACAGCCAGAGCGGCGCUAGGGGCUUUGCACAGCCCGGAUCCAUCAACGGCUCUCCGCCGCAGUCCCCAGCCGCGUCCUCCUCUUUUCUCUUCCACCCUCUUCACACGCACCAAAUGGCAAUGGAGCCCCCAAGGACUCGAUCGCGUUCUCGGUCUGGAUAUUACCAGCACUACGGUGGUGGGAAUAGCAACGGAAUUACCGGCAGCGGAGUCAUGGGGUCUAACCAUCACCACCAUCACCAUCAGCAGAAUCAGCAGCUACAUCCACAGCAGCAGCACGGUGCCGGUUGCGCACCACUUGGAGCUCACAGCAACCAGUCGGAGAACCAGCAGCGAACCCCAGGAAGUAACGCCUCACCCGGCAUUCAGAGGCUGUCUUCGGUUCCCGGUGCUCACCGCAUCCCGGCGGCAGGAGCCUCUGGUGGAUCCUACCACUGCCACCCAGACAUUUCUUAUGGAGAGGAGAGUGAUAAGAGUGAGGAAAGCCCCAGUCCAAAGCGCCAGAGGCUGUCCAGUCAGUCUGUCUUGGAACAGCUAACCUCAUCAGCCCCCCCACCGUCCACCCCGUCUCCCCCCAUCCGGCCCUGGGAGUCAGCACCCCCAAGUCGAAGACAGCCUCACCCCCACACACACUACCACCAGGAGAGAUGCUUAACUCCUGCGCGACACAGACGCAGCCCACCAGCAAGACGUCAGCGUGGCCGUCUCUCCAGACCCGCUCGUCACUUGCCUCCCCAUCACAACCCCUCUCCCCAAGGCCUCACACCUCGCCUAUCACCACCAGAGCUCCAGGAUGAAAACUACCACCGCAACCCCCACCUCUCCACACACCAGACAUACCCAGCACACACACCCAGCCCCUAUGGCCAGCCUAACCCAGUUGGAGGUGGGGGGCCAGGUCUGGAGGAGCCCCGAGCUUUCCACCCUCCCACUUUGUCACCACGACUACUGCAUCCAGCUGCUCACCACCACCACCACCACCAUCAGCAACAGCAUCAUGGGACGCAGCAGCAGCAAGGAGCCAUGGUCAUGGACUUGCAUGAACAGCUGCAGCAGGCCAGUGUACCAGUCUCCUACACAGUGACCCCAGUCCCUCCACAUGGCCUCGCAACGCCUUUGUGUAGUGGCCAGCACCUUCCCCCUACCUGUUCCUCUCAACAACAAGUCCCUGCCUGCAGCGUGGUCUUCAGCACUGGACAACAUUACCACCCGAUGCUGCAGGCAUGUUCAAUGCAACAUUUGCCAGUGCCCUAUGCCUUUCCCUCACUGCUGUCCAGUGACCCUCAGUUCCUGCUUCCCCAUCCACCUCACCUCUCUCACCACCCUGCCCACCUCCCUGCACCCGGACAGUUCCUGCCUUUCCAGACUCAACAGCCACGAUCGCCCUUACAGAGGAUUGAAAAUGAGGUUGAGCUUCUGGGAGAGCAGCUUUCGGUAGGCGGAGGCUUCAGCUACGCCCACCAUCACCACCACCAUCACCACCAGCCUCCCUCCACCCUGCCGCCAUCCACACCUCUCCAGUUCCUCUCACAUCAUGACCCCCUGUCGCAGGAGCUCUUUACAGUGCCCUAUCCCCACUUCAUGCCUCGCCGAUUCACAAGCCGGCGUUACCGCUCUCAGCAGGCUGUACCCCCAUCACCAUACCACCCCAGCUUCCUGCCUUACUUCCUGUCCAUGCUUCCUGUGCCCCCUAAUGUGGCUCCCACUAUCAGUCUAGAGCUGGACAUGGAUGAUGGAGAGGUGGAAAACUAUGAGGCCCUGUUGAACCUUGCAGAACGGCUGGGAGAAGCCAAGCCCCGUGGCUUAACUAAAGCAGAUAUAGAGCAGCUUCCAUCGUACAGGUUCAAUCCCAACAAUCAUCAGUCUGAACAAACACUGUGUGUGGUUUGUAUGUGUGACUUCGAGUCUCGCCAGCUUCUAAGGGUCUUGCCCUGUAAUCACGAGUUCCACGCCAAGUGCGUAGACAAGUGGCUCAAGGCUAACCGAACCUGUCCUAUCUGUCGAGCCGAUGCCUCUGAGGUCCAGCGGGAUUCUGAGUGACCUCUUACACCGCAGUCCCUGACUACCUUUUGGAUGCACCAACUGAUCAGAAAAUUCUUUCUGUCAUAUGCCUCCACUCGCACAUUCUGCCACACAACUGGGACCAGAGCUCCUUAUUCCUUCACUCUGUAAUCCCCCAGGACACUGAACAGCAAUUCUCACCUGGGAUCAGCAACGUUCUCCUGACGCAUACCGACUUUAUCGCUGGACUUACUCAGCCUUGUGUUUUGGACUAUUACGCCCAUAGUACUCUGCCUUCUGCCCAUGGUUGCUCCUUACUAUGAAUGGCCUUUGAAACACAUACACACAGUGUCAUGUGCAGGUGCACAUAUAGAAGUGUAUUUUUUUAACCCAUUAUGAGCCCUUCCAAACUGACCUGUUCAGUCUUCUAGGUGAUGGACAGAGAAAGACUUUUGUAAAGUUGUACUAACCAACAUUUAGGGGGAAUUGGCAGUCCAAAGAUUCUGAUUAUGUCUUUGUUAUUAUUCUGGUUAUAAUUAAUCAUCCACAUUUUUGCUUGCAGAAACUGUAAUUUUUACAAGACUCAUUAUAGUUGCAGUUGAACAGUAUCAGUCCACUUUAAUUUCUGUAUGUUUAUUCUUGCAUUCCUCUGUGUGAGAGCAGUCUGUAUUGGGUGAAACAGAGAUACUGUACACUGUAUGUUAAAAAGUGAGCUACUUUGAAACAGUGAAAAAUAUACUUUAUUUUCUUUAUAUGUGUGUCUGUAUGCAGGUGGGUGUGUGUGUGUGUCCUUGCACUUGUAUGCAAGUGGAUGUGUGUGUGUGUAUUACUACUCCUGUGUAUUUAUACAGUUCAUAUGGUACAGUGCAUUGACCUCCUUAAUCCUGAUUUUUUUAUUUCACUCUGCUUCACAUAGACUUAGACUCACUGAAGGUUGAGGGUCACUUCAGACCUUUUUUAUGUUCAAGAUUUGAUCAAAAAUCAGUUUAAAAUCAGAGCGUAGGACUGGGAACACUUCCAGGGAAGUUAACAACGCUUUCACACGCCGCAGCUUCAUCACUCCGUGUCUGCUCUUCUGCAUUGUUCUUGUCUCCAACUAGAAAAUGCUGGAGACAUUUUUUUUUGUGCUACAGUAUGUCCUAUCCUGAAGGAAACCGAUCAGGACUAUUUAACUUUCUCGACAUAUCCACUAAGCUCUCCCCCCGAGGCACAUCAUGUGAAUACAGUUGGAUCUUACAGAGCUGACAAGGUGGAUGCAAAACUUUCAUUAGCAGUGUCACCAAGACGUUCAUACCUGCUCAGUUUCUUAGCUUUCUUAUGGGAAUGAGGCCUUUGAAAACAUGUCUGUAUCUGUCUUGGUACCCAAGCAGCUUUCUGUAAGUGUUGAUAGAUAUGGAUGCUGUGUUUUGUUCAUCAUUGACAAGGAACAAGUUUGAAAGGAUCUAUAAGGUCACAGUUAAAUCUACCGUUUCACCAGACGGUGGAUUAAACGCUUGAGCACUUUAAUAUGUAGAUUUAAGACUUACAGGCUCUUUUCAUUCUGAACAAACCACUGAUUGUUUCCCACAGUCCAUGUGUGUAUGUGAACAAACAUUUAAUCCCUUGAAAAUAGAAAUGUCCUCCACAGCACCCUGCAAUACCUACAGUAUCUUAAUGUGUCAGUUCCCUCUAUUUCCAGAGGUUUUGUUUCAUAAUAGUACUUUGUCUCUCUAAGGCCUAUGUCAGCAUGUCAUAAUGCAACUCAGAGAUGUUCACCUCAUGCACGGGAAAGGAUUUCUAAUGUAAUUUAUCACUAUUUAUCACAGUUAGUGUUAUGUGUCAAGAUGACAGCCUAACAUAAGCCUUACAGAGAAAGUUGAGACAAAGGUUUGAUUUGGAAAUUCCUGCCAGGCUCCUGCUGUGUCUUACAUCUGAGAAACCUUUUAUAAAACUCCAUUUUCUCUAGGUGCCACCUGUGUCUAUCCAGCAUCACCACUUCAGACCAAACUGCACAAAACCCAGUGGAUCAGUGUUCAGGAAGAUGAAUACAUUGUUCUAGAAAACUUCUCUUCAGUGUUGUCAGUACAUUAAGUCAUGUAAUAUCCAUGGGAAUGGAGGGAAAAUAUAUUUUCUGUCAUCUUUUUUCCUUUGGGGUCAAAGGUCAUAUUUGUGACUGUAUGCAUCCAUUUUGUGUCUUAGAAUUAUUUUAUGUUGGACAGGUUGUUUUUUGUUGCUUGGUACACUAGCAAUUACCUCAGUCCCACUAUUUGUCUUUUCAGAAAAUGGCGCAACCAGUAUGAUUAGUGCUUCUCAGUUUAUUUUGCUAAUCUUUUCCUUGCAAAUUGAUGGGUUGUUUGGAUAUUUUUCCUUUUUAAACUCUAUGAAACUCUGUCAUGGAAAUGGUGUCAUAGUAGUUUCAUUAUGUAUUAUAUCUGUAACCAAAAUCGUUUGAAGACCUGUUAUGAUGAUAAUGAAAUUUUUAACAAACAUUUGUACAUUUUGUAUGAGAGUUAUUACUAGUAAUACUUUAUUAAGUAGUGCAAUGAUUUUUUUAAUCCCUUACCCCCUCUUUUGGAUUUCAAAAGCUGGUUCAAUAAUAAAUGUAUAACAUCCUCUUCUAAAA